AUUGGCAACUCCCGUUUCCGCCAAAGGAGACGGAAUUCCCAAAGCAGGAAGUGGAGGGCAGAUACGACGAAGGGCUGCGCCUCUCCACUUUUCAUAGCUCUACGGUGGAAGCGGUCCAAAACGCCCUUGGGAGGACCACGGAGGCGGGGCGUGGUUGCUGCGCGACGCGUCGCCUUCCCUCGGCGUUCGAACGGGAAGGCGGGAGAAGAGCAGCCGCCAUGUUGGGAACGGGCGACCGGCGACCGGGGGCGUCCUCUCUCCCCGCCGCUAUUGGGGCGCUGAGCCUGAGCCUUCCUGGCCCCCGUGUUCCUCCGGAGAUUUUCCGCCUCGCCAAGUUCGGCCGGCCCCAGGCGAGUGUUACGUUUUGGAAAUUACUAUACAUUCUUCUGAAGCAAAUCCAUGGUGAAGGAUGGAUGGAGUCUCCUGAUACAGGAGCCCAAGUCACAUUUGUCAAAUCUGUGGCCUUGAACUAUGGCUACAGAAGACUUGAGUUUUAUCAACUUCCCCAUGAUGGUUCAUUGGGGAGUGGAGAGCUGCUGUUGGCAUUUUCCUGGUUUCUGUGCAGAAUUAGUCUAAUGGAACAGUUGCUGACACUAAAUAGACUGAAACUUUGGGAUGAAACAAUCGUGUGCACGUGUGAUGGUCUUCUGAAUAGCCUGCAGAAGCGGAAAGACAUAGCUCUAGAAAGUGACUUGAAAAGCCGCAGAGAUAUCCGAUACUUGCAGUGGUUAAAUGGCCGACUGCAGUUCCAAUGGCGAAGCUGUCAUACUGAACAGCAAGAGCAAUGCAAACUCCUGCAUAAGGUGCAUACAUACACAAUUGGCUCUCACAGUGACUCUGUUAUUGGCCAUUUCUCAGUCACAGAAGCAGAUGUUACAAGACAACCAAAUAGUUAUAAACAGCUUUUACAGUGUAUAGAAUCUGAGAGCUCUCGGCUGGAAUCCUUUCUGAAAUGGAAGACGAUGGAACAUGUUUAUUGGCAGUGGAUGGAGACCGUUUUAGAUCCUGAAAGAGAUGAUGUAGAACCACAUGACAUACAUAUUAAGAAUACUCAUUUUCCAAGUGGAGAUUUGUGUUAUUGUGGCAUUAGCAGAACUAUUGAAGAGCUUGAUAGAUGCACCCAAGAGCUCUUAAUUCUGUGUAAUGAGCUGCAUGAGCUUGCAACGUACAAGAAAGUGAGUUGCUGUGAAAAGAUCAGAAAAGAAGAGCUAGAACAACUUGGAGAAAGGGAUUUCUGCAAGUCUUUGAAAGAAGCACAAACGUCUUUGGAUCUGAAACUGUCUAAUCUUAAAUGCCAUAAUAGUGCUCACAGAAUCAAUAAAACACAUGGUCCGUACAGACUUAUAUUUAAAGACAAAUUUUGCAAGGCCAACAAAACAAAAUCAGUCAGAUCAGCAGAGUCCAACAAGUUAAUUAAUGAAAAAAUCACAGCAGCAGAUUUAAUCAAUGAUCUCAAAAAGCAAGAAGCAAGACUGAAGAUGGAGCUGAAAAGACAACAGGAUGGAGACAGGAAGAAAAUUCAUGAAGCUGCAAAAACACUUCUUCAGGUGCUUUUCAUUCCACCAAUGAGACAGAACACAAGAGUUACAGAAUAGAUACAGAAUAGGGGGACUGCAGUUAGCUUUGAAACGAGAUUUGGAAACCAUUUUGUUAUUGGUAUGCAUUCCUGUUUAUAUGUGUAUAUCUACUAUGAUUUGUUCUGGAUAUUUUAGAGUAUAUUUUACAUAGUUUUCUGACUGUUUCCGGUUUGUCAAGGCAGAGGAAGUUGAUAAACAUAAUAAACAAAUGUUAGCAACUACAGUCUGAAAAUGGUAGUUACAAGAACUCCUUACACUUUAAUUGUUGAUGUGUUCUGAUGUGUGGGUUCUCGGCGUUAGCCUAGAUGCGGUAGUCUUCAGCAAGUGAGGAUCUAUUAAAUUGCCAUCCUAAGUAUACAUGUAUGUUAUGUGCCAUCAAGUCAAAAUCAACUUAUAGCAACCCUAAUAGAGCUUUCAAAGUAAGUGAGAUAUUUGAGUGUUUUGUACAGUU